UGUUCGUUGGCCGGGCAGGCGGGAUGCUUCGGAGGCGUUGGAGCAGGGGCAGCAGACCGCACAAGGGAGCUGGACUGGCAGUGGUGGGUGGUGGUGGUUACAAAAGCAGAAAUGGGAAGCGAGGGUUGCUGUGUGAAGAACAGAAAAAUAACAGCGGCGACGGGUUCCGAAGCGCCAGGCUUUUAUACCAAAAGUCUAAUCACUCCCAUCCGCCUGCGCUAUGCCCCCGGCGCCUGUUGCUGCUCGCUCUCACAAAGCGCCCUUUUGCACAGGGAAAGCUGCCAUCCACACAAUAUCCUGGCGCGCUGGUUGGCUGGCUGCGAUAAAUUAUGCAAGCAGGCAAGCGAAGGCGACGAGGGGUGGGCUGAUGCCGAGCGUCGCCGACCCCCCCUUUUCCCACUCCCGCCGCCCAAUCGCCCAAUCAUCGGCCAAUAAGGCGACAUGGCUGCUCACGCCUGGCUGCCGAUGUGAGUAAUCUCGCGGGCUUGCUGUGUCAGCUAAUGCUGUGCCGGCGGUUAUUUUUGUCGUCCAAGCACCGGUACCCAUCCUCUUCUAGACACCCCCCACUAUUGCCUCAUAUCCUCAAAGCGGCUGCGCAC